CCUUCCGGUCCGCCGGAUUAUGAAUGACAGCCGGCGCGAGUAAAUUCUAAACCUAUUUGUUGUUUUCGUCUCUGGCAGCAAGGGGCCUCGCAGCUCCCAGAAGCAGCCUCGGGAUCCCGGCUCGGGCUGGGCGGGAAGGCGUAGGUGGCUGGUGUCGCCGACACGCUCACGCGCCCUCCCUGCCUGGCCGCGCCUCUGCGACCAGGUAACCCAAUGGAAGAAGAAAAUGAAAGGCAUUAAGAAAAGUCUUACAGAAGAAUAUCUAUAUCUGGACUUUUCUCACCAAACCGAAGGAUACAUCUUUCCUCUUCAUACAUCUGUAACUUUAUUUUUAUUAUCAUACUGUGACUGCAACAUCUUUAAAGUAUGCUUCGUCCUCACCAAAGAAAGUACAGAUAGUUCACUACUAAGAAAGGUGCUAUCCCAGGAUAUUGAAAUACAGAUUAUAUCAAGGCAAGACCUUCCACCAAUUGUGCAGAAUUGCUGUUUACCUGCCAUAGUAGAACAACCAGACAAUUUUUGUAGAGCAGGACUUGCUGUUGUACUAAGACACGUAAUUCAGAAAUCAUAUGAAGCAGAUCCCUCAAAGAAGGAGAUUUUGGAACUUCUGGGUUUUAAAAAGACUUGCUUGAAAGCCUGUGCUGAAGUUAGUCAGUGGACCAGGCUAUGUGAACUCACCAUCCCUUUGGCUAUUGAGAAUUUCCUCAGAGAGUCUUCUGACCAGCCCCCAACUAUCCCUGUAGAAAUCCUCGAGCUAGAGAAAAAGCUCAGCGAACCUGUUAGAGUGCAUAACGAUGAUAAACUCCGGAGGCAGAAGCUGAAACAACAGAAGGCCGCUGACGCUGGGCCUCCCCAUGCUAAGGGAAAAAUGAAGAACGAGAGCCAUACCCAGGAAACCUCUGAAGAGCUGGACUCCUCGUCCAAGAGUCUGGAACUGAAAGUGGCAUUCUCAAAGCUCGCUGUACAGGAAGAGCCAGCUCCUACCAACAGGGAGCCUUCUCACAUCAGAAAAGCGAAAGCCUCUGACCUUCCUGCUCUGGAGCAUGUGUUUGCUGAAGGCCUUUACUUUACUUUGGCAGACAUCGUACUCUUGCCCUGUGUCCAUCACUUUCUGGCAGUUAUCUGCAAGAAAUUUUCUGAGAAGCUAGUACAAUUUCCACUUCUAGCCUCUUGGUACCAGAGGAUUCAGGAAGUACCAAGAGUUAAAACAGCAGCUUUGAAUUGUGGGAUCCAGUUUCUCCAUUUACCCAAGUUGUUGACCACCUCAACUGAACAUCAUGCAAACUUAAGUGAAGUCCAAGGCACAGAGGAGCAAAACGAUCCUUUAUUUACAGGAGGACCAAGACCAACUAUGACCAAGUUAAUGGAAAAAGGCAUUGAGGUGCUGUUUUCCCCCCACCCUUGUCCUACUUGGACCCUUGAUUGGAAUAUUCUUCCUGCAGCAGUGAGCCCAAAGGAAGGUAAGAUGUCCAGUGAUCGAGCUUUGAGGAAGCAGCAGCAGUUAAACAACCUAGUUUAUGUGGUGAUAAAUCAGGCCAAGCCCGGUGACAGGAUUGUGGAUUUCUGCAGUGGCGGGGGCCAUGUUGGAAUUGUCCUUGCUCAUAUGCUGCCAUCAUGCCAGGUUAUAUUAAUAGAAAACAAGGAAUUAUCAUUAAUUCGUGCUAAGAAGAGAAGUGACGAUCUAGGUUUAAGCAACAUUUGGUUCAUUCAAGCAAAUAUGGAGUAUUUUACAGGGAUGUUUAAUAUUGGGGUGGCACUGCAUGCUUGUGGAGUGGCAACUGACAUGGUGAUUGAACACUGUGUCAAAACACGGGCUUCCUUCGUCACAUGCCCUUGCUGUUAUGGUUUCAUUCAGAACACCUCAAAGUUUAAUUUUCCAAAAAGUGAACAAUUCAAGAAUACUUUAUCAUACAAGGAACACAUGAUUCUGUGCAGAUUUGCAGAUCAGACAGCUGUCCAGCUUCCACCCCAACGAAGACUCAUAGGGAAACAGUGCAUGUGCCUGGUGGAUAUGGAUCGAGCAAGAGCGGCAGAAGAACAUGGCUAUUCCGUUCAAGUAAUAUCUAUGGAGCCAGAGAGCUGCUCUCCCAAAAAUAACAUGAUUGUAGGAGUCCCCAUGUAGAACAAGAUACUCACCUUUCAUGUUUUGCCAUCAGUCUUCAUGAUGAAAGCCCAGUGGCAUUCGGGGUUUCUUGGCAUAACUAGGACACAGCAUCAGCCAUCCUGAACCCAUUACACUCAGGAAGGAAAGGGACAGGAAAAUCUUAGAAGAAAGGCUGCCUGCAAAGCAUCACAAAUGCUCUUACAAUCUGUGAUGAGAGGACUGCUGGUUUUUAUGGUGAGAAUCCCCUCAAGCAGAAUGCUCCUCCCCAGUGGAAGUCCAUCACUGGAAUAACAAUGUCUUCCUCAAUUCACAAGCUUUUCUGAUCUUAUCGAUGUCAUGUUGAAUUCAAGACAGUGCACUUGCAACCCUUAUUUUGUAAUCAUUUAAAUAUUCACAUAUAAACUAAAACUAGACUCAUGGGGUGGGGCGUUGUGUGUUUUUUUAUAUUUUUAACAAUUGUACUUUUUUCUAACAUUUUUUAUAAAUCUAUUUAAUUACUAUAUGGUUAUUUUUGAACUAAGGAUAACUGAACUUGAAUAUCAUUUAGUAUAUUUCUUUUAAAUAUAUUGCCAACAGUUUACCAAAUGAGAUAACGAUGGCUGGGUCAAACAUUUUAUGUGAAGAGACUAUAAAACAAUUGCAAUAAAUUUCCCAUUAUGAGUAUGGAUUUGUAUAUAAAUCCUAACUAAGUAAGGAAGACAUUGAUUAAUGAAUUUAAGUAAUUAUUGAGGAUCCAUUAUUUUCAGGACUCUGGCUUAGAUUCUUCUGAGGAUACAAAGGUCAGUUGCAAGAGACACAAUGUUUUGCCUGUGAAAGUAAAUCAUCUAGAAGACAAGAUUGAAGAAUUAGUUAAUUUCUUUAUGUCAUAUCAUAAUUCAAAUGUCAGUAAUAUCCUUAUUUUUUUUUUGUAAAAACUAUUGAAUGUAAAUUGGGAGUGUCAGGAUUGUAGAGUAUUGAAGCUUAUUUGAAUACUCUCUGUUUAAAUUCUGUUUUUCCCAUCAGCCAACAGUUUUAAAGACAUAUUGCAUGUCCUUUCUCACGUGCUGCUAUUUCUUUAACUGGUACAUGUCAUAGGUUAUUUCCAUUUAAGAUUCACUUAACUGAUUUUAAUGUUUUCAACUCCUGUAUGGCACAUAUCAUAAGGAGGAAGGGCUUCAGAUGGUCAUGUCUAUGGAUUGAAAUACAAGAGUCAUUUACUGGACAGUAUGAGCUUGGAGUAGAAGGGAGAGUUUUGAAGUCUUGUUUUCUGGCAUAAAAUUUAAGAAAAGAAUUAACCAUCUAAGUAUUUUAGUCAUUUCUGCCCAUAAAUAUGAUGUGUUCUUUUAUCCUUAACUGUCUUUUUUUAUAAUUGAGAUAUAGCUACAUACAAUAAUAAAUUUUAAGUGUUCCAUUUGAGGAGUUUUGGCAAUUGUAUAUGCCCAUGCUAUUACCAUGCAAAAUAAAAAUAUAUAAUAUUUCCAUCAGAUGUCAGAUUUGUCCCAGUCUGUGGCUUGCCUACUUAUUUUCUUAAUGAAUAUCUUAUUUUUGAUGAAGUUUAAUUUAUCUUUUUACUCUUACAGUUAAUAUUUUCUGCACCCUCUUUAAUAAAA